AUGACCUCCAAAACGCCCUUGACAACUUUGCUCCCAAAAAGUUUGGUGACCUUCCCUCCCCCCUCCUCGCCCCCCUCCUCCUCGCCCCCCUCAAGCGCGGCCUCUCCAACUUCGCCGCGCAACUCGGCCUCGCUUACUCAGUCUAGUACUAAAAACCCUGCUGCUGAUUCAAAACAACUCACCACCCCUGAAACUGUUUUAACCCCUGAGGGCCGCAACUGCGCCAAGGUCUGCCUGACGAUUUUGGAGACGCUCUAUCAUGAUCUGAGUCAAUUGAGAAAACUAUGCAAGAAUAACGUUCAGUGCAAAACUAAACAUAUCUGUAUGUAUGAUGUGAAUAGUGGCCAUAGAAAUAAGAACGCAUUUGGUGCUUGGUUUAAGGGACGUGGCUUCGAGGUGUCCGAUGACAAGGACAACCACAACGGUGAAUUGCGUAAUAAGGAGUUAACAGGUCAGCAGAUUUACACUGAGUUACUCGUAAAAGAACGAAAUAUGUCGCCCAAAGGAAACAAAUUUAGACUUGUUAACGACGCUGACGAACGGUAUGAUCCGUCUGCUAGUAAGUUAUAUAGUGUCCUUCGGAACCUCGUCGGCUACCUUGGCACAUACUACGAAGUUAGCCACAUGGAGCGUAUCUCAUCACCUAAGCAGCCGUGUAACAUAUAUCAGAUGCUACUAUGGCUCUGCGGCAUACGGCAUAAUCCUGUUCUUAGACCACUUUACAUGUGCUUCAAGGAAUCAUUCCCCAAACCGGAGGAAGACAAGCACAAGGAUUACAAGGACAUUCAUCGCGACAAAAUGAAGCUUCUCGCUACCACAGAUUUUACGUACGUAAACUUAGCAGGCAGAAUAUUGACAGACGUUACUUUGUACUCUCAUGAAGUAUUGCUUGCAUUCCUCGGCCACGGUCACGCUGGUGGACGUGCUGUUGACUUCCGCACGAACGCGGAAAAACUGGAAUAUCCGAGUCACGCUGCAUCAUGCUUCGAUAUGCUCGUAGACGUAUCACAUCGAGUGCAUGAGCAAUUAUGCUUUUUAUUGACGCAGUGUCAAAGCACCGAGGCCGCGAACAGUUGGCGCGACUGCUGGUAUGGUAGGUACGUCGGUGGAUCUGACUGGCGGUGCAACGAUAAGCAAUGUGCUAACCAAGCAUGUCCCCAAAGGGCUGACCAAGAGAGUAACCAAAAUGCUAACCAAAUCGCUAGGCAAACCUGUGACCAGCACCCUAAGUGCGGUAUCAAGUCACCCUUGCAGUCGUUUUUGGAAGACGGCUUACAAGGGUUCCUUCCACAUCAACUUACAAAAGUUGGCUGCGGCGUAAAAUGUUCGGUGAGCAAUCACGCCGGAAUUUCGUGCAAAACGCCACUAGGCUUUGGUAACAUUAGCAACGUUGCAUCGCAUACUAAGCAAGGCGAGCACAUUGGGAACGCUCUCGAAAGAUUCUGUGGAAACGCGGGUAGCCCUCUUAGCCAAUUGUGUAAAUAUUUGACGUGCUUAUUAAGUACGCCGCCUAAGACAUUAGGUGACAUGUUUGCCUUUUACUAUAAUUUCCUGUAUGGGUGGCAGAUUAAAGGACAAGGCAAGGACGACGACAAGGCGCACAGGGAGGAUGCAUUUGAUGAUGCAGUCACCAAAGCUUAUUUCGGAGAACGAUACACAGAUAUGAACGUAUCACUUCUGUUCGAUCGUAAUCAUUCGGAGCAUAACAAAAAUCGUGACUUGUUAAGUCUUGUUUGUGGCGGUGACAACAUCUCGGUCACCAACUGCGGCCGGUACUUGCAACCUUUUGGCAUGAACACAUGGACGGUGUUUUCAAAGGGGAACGCAGACAAGUAUCUAUCGUGGAUAGUGUAUCUUACUGAGACAUUAUACAAGUUGCUUGAGCAGUUAUACAAGGAAUGCUGCGCAAACUUUACAUCUGCUGGAUCACGUUGCCACGAAAAAACCUGCGUCGCGGAUUGCAAAGUCAAAUCCCACUACGAAUCUCUGGCAAUUGCUACCGAAAGCAAAACCCCCGCCGCCUAA